AACAUUAGUAACUAUGUAAUUAUUGUACUAUUGUGGAUUAAAAUAAAUGAGACUAACACAAUAAAUAAAGAGAUCAGCAUUCAUAAUUUCAUCAAAUAGUGAAUGAGAAAUUACAAUCAAUAUUAAUUACUUACAUUGAUAAAUUUCAAAUAUUAAUGGAUUCUGAAAAUCGUGUCAUUUUAAAUGUUGGCGGUAUAAGACAUGAAACAUACAAAGCCACAUUGAAGAAGAUACCUGCUACAAGAUUAUCAAAAUUAACUGAAGCAGUAGCAAAUUAUGAUCCCAUAUUAAAUGAGUACUUUUUUGAUCGUCAUCCAGGUGUUUUCAAUCAAAUAUUGAAUUAUUAUCGUACCGGUAAAUUACAUUAUCCUACAGAUGUAUGCGGACCAUUAUUUGAAGAAGAACUUGAAUUUUGGGGUCUUGAUGCUAAUCAAGUUGAACCAUGUUGUUGGAUGACAUAUACAUCACAUCGUGAAACUCAAGAAACACUUCAAAUAUUAAAUGAUUUAGAUUUAGAUACAGAAAGGAGAACUGACGAAGAAUUAUAUUCAAAAUUUGGUUGGGAUGAUGCAUAUCAAUCUGGUAAAUUAACUUUAUGGCAAAGGUAUAAACCAAAAAUUUGGAUGUUAUUCGAUGAAUGUUAUUCAUCAUUAGGGGCAAAGAUUAUUGCUGUGAUCUCUGUAUUUUUUAUUGUUCUAUCAAUACUUUGUUUUUGUUUAAAAACAUCAUCCAAUCUACGUAUACCAUUAUUAUAUAAUGAUUCAAAUCAAUUAUUAACAAAUUAUGAAACAUCACAUUCAUAUACACCUUAUUCUACACUGUCAUCAUCAUCGCCAUCAUCAUCGUCGUCGUCAUCAUCAUCAUCAUCAUCAUCAUCAUCAUCAAUGUAUUCAGAUAUCUAUACUCAUCAUAAUACACAUUCUAUAUCAUCAUCAUCAUCGUCUCCAUUCAAUCUAGAUCCUUCAUGGACAAUACGUAAACGUAUGAUUAAAUCACAUAUUCUAUUUAGUUAUAUAGAAUGUAUAUCAAAUGGAUGGUUUACAUUUGAAAUUAUAAUACGUUUUAUAGUGACACCAUGUAAAUUAGAAUUUAUUAAAUCCCCUAUUAAUAUAAUUGAUUUAUUAGCUUUAUUAUCAUUUUAUGUCGAUUUAAUUUUAACUAAAAUUAUGUCGAAUGAAGCUAAUUAUGAAGCAUUAGAAUUCUUUUCUAUUAUACGUAUUAUGCGACUAUUUAAAUUAACCCGUCAUAUAGCUGGUUUAAAAAUUCUCAUUCAUACAUUUCGUGCAAGUCUUAAAGAAUUAGUAUUAUUAGUAUUCUUUUUAAUGGUAUUCAUUGUUAUAUUCGCUGCAUUAAUGUAUUAUGCUGAACGAUUUCAAUAUAAUCCACAAAAUGAUUUUGUAUCUAUACCAGUUGGUUUAUGGUGGGCUAUUGUAACAAUGACAACAGUUGGUUAUGGAGAUCAAGUACCAAAAACAUAUUUAGGUAUGAUAGUUGGUGCAAUGUGUGCAAUUACUGGUGUUAUGACUAUCUCUCUUCCAGUUCCUGUUAUUGUAUCAAAUUUUUCACGUUUUUAUACACAUACACAAGCUCAAUCUAAACUUCCAAAACGUAGAAGACGUAUUUUACCAGUUGAAGCAGUUCGACCAAAAACUUUUAGUCAAGUUCCACCACUUAAUUCUUCAGUAAAAUUAAAAAAUAAUUUUAGUGUUAUACCACCUGGAUUAGCACGUAAUUUCAAUUCAUCAAAUGAUUCACCUAUACGAUUAUCAUCAACUGGUGAAAGAAGACAUCAUUUUCCAGAUACAACUUGUAAAAUAACAGAUAAUUCAUCUAAUGAACAAACCAUUCUUAAACCAUUAAUACCAAGACGUGAAGAAAUUCCAUUAUUACCUAGGGACAAUUUAUCACAAUAUCAAGCAUCUAUGAAUUGGCCAAAAUCAUCUACUAUUAAAGAAACAUCAACUGAAUUCAUUUCACAAACAUCAUUAGAAACAAAUUGUUUAUUAAUAAAUAAUGAAGAAAAAGAUCAAGUCGCAUUAAAACAAUCUAAUAAACAUCAAUUAUUUGAUAAUAUAAUUGGUAAUACAAAUAUAGUCAAUCGUAUAGAGGAGGAAAAUAGUUAUAAUAAUACUGGAGAUAUUAAAGAUAAUGUUAAAAAUCAAUAUUUACCAAUAUCUAAUGUUAGUUCCAAUACAUUGAUCGAGAAAAAUUAUAAACUAUCAAAGAAUACUACUAACAAUAAUAUAAGUAGUAAAACGAAUAAUGAUGAAAUUUCCUAUUCAGAAAAUAUUAAAUUAUCAUAUAUAAAUUAUAAAACACCAUGUUUUUCAUUUGAUGAACAUAAUAAUAUAGAAGGAGAGAAUUAUUUACCAUCCGAUAAUAGUUUAAAUCAAUUAGAAGAACUACUGACAUUACGUAAUAGUAAUAAUCAAUAUGAAAUUACACCACCACGUUUAUCAUGUGUAUCUGGGGAUAAAUUAGAAAUGAAAUUUAUUACGGGUUCAAAUGCACCAAUAUAAUUUCUAUUGUAGGGUAUGGAUGUAC